AUGUCGCUGGAUUCCAUGGGUCCUUCUGCAGGUGGCGGCAGUUCCGGUGUCGGUACACUGUCCGGCACCAGGAUGAUACACUCUCUAAGCACACCGUCCGGUGUGGACGGAACUGUGUCUGCAUCCCACUCUCGCGGAGGCAAGAAACUGGCUGUGCGCAUCCAAAUGUUGGAUGAUUCGGUCACCAUGUUUCAGGUGCAGGCAAAAGCGACGGGCAAAGUGCUAUUUGAACAAGUGUGCCGACAGUUAAAUCUGCUGGAAGCCGAUUAUUUUGGGCUGGAGUACCAAGAAGCACCAUCUGGCACCAAAUACUGGCUGGACCUGGAAAAGUCCCUCAACCGGCAGGUCGGUCUAUCGUUGAUAGAGCCAGUGUUACGGUUCUGCGUAAAGUUCUACACACCCGAUCCACUGCAGUUAGAGGAAGAAUAUACACGCUAUUUGUUCUGUCUGCAAGUGAAGCGAGAUCUUGCCACGGGCAGCUUGCAAUGCAACGACAAUACAGCAGCUCUCAUGGCAAGCUACAUUGUGCAAGCUUCCUGUGGAGAUUAUGCAGCAGAGGACUAUCCCGAUCAUACCUAUCUGUCGUCGUACCGGUUUGUGCCCCAACAAGAUCAUACAAUGCAGAGAAGAAUUAUGGAGAACCAUAAGAAGCAUGUAGGUCAAUCACCGGCAGAGGCAGAUUUAAAUCUGUUAGAAACGGCGCGACGAUGUGAGCUGUACGGCAUGAAGAUGCACCCUGCCAAAGAUCACGAUGGCGACCCAUUGAAUCUGGCCGUUGCUCACAUGGGUAUUGCCGUUUUUCAGGGCAUAACGAGAAUCAACACCUUCUCGUGGGCGAAGAUUCGUAAAAUAUCAUUCAAACGAAAACGUUUCCUGAUUAAAUUACAUCCCGAAAAUUAUGUGUACCACAAAGAUACAGUUGAAUUUUUCUUCGAGGGUCGCAAUGAGUGUAAGAACUUCUGGAAAAAGUGCGUCGAAAAUCAUGGCUUUUUCCGUUGCACUGCUGUUCAGAAUGUGCAGCGUCGCAAAGCCAGGGUACUGUCGAGAGGAAGCUCAUUCAGGUAUAGCGGUAAAACUCAAAAACAAAUCAUAGAAUUUGUGCGUGACAAUUAUGUAAAGCGACAAACAUUUCAAAGGUCUCAGUCUUUUCGGCAGGGUCCUCUACAUUCAAGUAACAGAAGUCAAUCACGCACUUCAUGUAAUGUGAAUCAAAGCAUCUCGGCUCAUCCUUUACUUCCGAUCGAAACCGCGGAAUGGGAACGUCGCAGUCAGAGCAACGCAUUGAGGACGCCUUCUCAGACGAGGAGACAAGUGGAUAUGGAGGUGGAUCGCCUACCCAGCAGUCCUACCGGCCACAAUCGUUCUCAGCUCACGGAAGCCCAGGUGGAGACCUAUCCGAUGAAGAGCUAUACCCAGCAAAUGGGAAUGGAGGGCUCGGGUCACACGCCGCUGCAGGACUCGAGUCAAUCUGCAUCCCCGGGGGGCACAUGGAGUUCGCCGUACCACAACAGCAACAGCAGCAGCCAUGUGCGAGAAGCCGAUCGGGCUCGUGUACGUCAAGACGGUCACAGUUCCGGUCUGAACCACCGCCUCUAUGCCACUAUGUCCCCCAAAUACACUCAUCGCAGCCACAGAUUUACCACGCAGCCACAGCAGCUGCUGCAGCAACAGCAGCGUCGGGCCUCAGCCGGGCCGCUGGGCCAACCGGGGGAUCGCAGCAGUUCUAUGGGGGAGACAACGGUCUCCUCCACCAGCCGGGAGAGUGUUUUAUUGCCGCUGGACACUCGCACCAGGCGCUCUUCAGCGCUGCUUCCGGGGGUGGCCUCGGGGUCGGGAAUGGCGCCAUUAACGGUGGGAGCCAGCAACUCUCAAUACCCCAGUGCCACACUAGCCCGUUAUAGCAAUACGAGUACCUAUUCGAUGUCUAAGUCGGUUAGCACUGGAACGGACCUAUCGGACGAGGCACCUGAUAAUGUCAUUUAUUCGGAUAUCAAUGAUCUGUAUCGGCAUCGAAAGUCAACCACUUCCGGUGGUAGUGGCGGUGGAUCGGCAGUAGAAUCUCGCAAAAACAUCGGCGUAGAUGACGAAGGCGAGGAGGGUGAAGAAGACGAUGAGAUUAUGGAUGAAGUUGAGGACGAGAAUGCGAUCCGCCGUCCGUACCUUGAGGACGAUGAAGAUGACGAUGAAAUUGAUAUCCGUUAUGCGACGGCCACACAGAUUAAAGCGAUGACUUCUGGCAGUAGUGGGGGUAUUGGUGGAACAGAUGCAAAUGCUAGUUGUGGUAGUGCUCCGAAGGCCGUUCCCAGUGACGAGCUGUACGCGACAGUGGAUAGGAAAAGUAAGCUGAAUAAGCAGCUUCAACAGCAAAAGCAGAUCACUGUACAAGUUGCUAGUUUAAAGACGAACACACAUUACCCUGGUAAACACUUUAGCGAUGAAUUCAUAGACGAUAGCAUUAGAAACUACAAUAGUCAUACGAAUAUAAGUACGAACGUAAACAAGUUGAACGAAACCAGUGCGGGACCUCUGAAUUCGGCUAGCGCAGGAGAGAUGUAUAAUCGUUCAGCUCAUUUUGAUGAAUACUGCGGCAAUAAUCGGUAUUCCGAUACCUCGGAUUACUUCAGUCACAGUCAGCAGCAUUACUCGCAGUCGCCAAAUUCACACUCAUUGGCCACGACGAUCACGCACAAAAACGGGUUAACAGACGAUGAUGAACGGUAUUCUUGCUCUAAUCCACCACCGAUUCAUCCUCGAACCUCUCAUUCACUGCCGCGUAACUCGCAGCUUUCCAAGAUCGAAUCCAUCGAUUCUAAUUACAGCGGUGGUGAAGGAAGGGCGGGCAGUGCUGGUAGAGCUGGAAGUGCCGGGGAGCAUAAUUUUGUCGGACAUCAUUCGUUGAACAAUCUUCCAAGCUCAUCGAAGGUGACCAAUGAUUAUCUGCAUUAUUCUUCGCUGUUAAAAGGUACUGGUGGCGAUUCGGACGAUCCAAUGAAUAGUAAGAAAACAUCCUCGGAACGACUCGAGUAUGAACUGUCGAACGCAAACAUUUACUCGACGGUACAGUACAAGAACUAUGAAGAUGAUUUCGAGGAGGAAGAUUACAUGAACUACCAACGGCAGCGCGAUGAGGGCAGAGAUACGUCAAAGGAAGCGUGGCUGAGAAGCAGCUCUUGUAAGGAACUUUGUGAUUACGGCUACGAUUCAACCGGUCGAGCCGAUUUUUCACUCAUGGAGCGUGAAUUCUUGACGUCUGAUCGAAUCGAUAGCCCCGUAACACGCUACGACGACUCACGUCACUCGAUGUACGUGCAAAAAUCGAAUUACUCGGUUGAGGUGAGCCAGGACUUUUUGGCAAACGAAGGAAAGGUGUACUCAUCCAGCUACCCUGGCACAACGUACAAUACCAUCGAUCAUACGAGUUAUCGCAAACACAAUAACCAAAAUUUCUAUUCAAACUACGAGUACGGCUCACAAGAUGAUCUUUCGCAUGACAGCUACGAGUUGCUUGAAAAGUCAGACGAUGAGCUGUACUAUAAGUUCAAGGGUGAUUCGGAGGCCCAUACAAGAUCCUGUUCGCUGGACUCGGGCAAUUACAUUCCGACAGAUGAUGAAAGUAUUCCAGACCAGCAGCAUUCUUCAGGUCAUCAUUCGCAUCACGUUUCCCGCCUCUCGAGAUACUGUUCGAGUUUGGAGGCGAAAAGCAAGAGCGCUCCGGAUAUUGAUGAUCUCGACGAUAUGUUUUUGAUGGAAGAUCCGCGAGAUCUGCCGCGUGAAAAGCUGUGUGUUAAGUCGGAUGGCAACUUCUACAAGAAAAUCAAAAUGGCCAUGGGAGGAUCGUCGCGUGUGUCGAGCCCAGAAUCACGUAGCGAUUACUACGAGUCUAAACUAUCCAAGAGCAGUGGUUCGAGCAAGAAGUCGAAGGACAGUGUGUACCACACGGAUAGCAACAAGAAAUCACGCGAAACGCUGAAGAGUAAAUCGGGCUCGGGUUUCAAUUCGCGUGCCUCCAGUCAGGACUCUAAAGAUUGUUUCGGCGGUAUGGACAUACUGCUAACGAAGAAUUACGAAAUGCCAACCACCACAAGCAAGAAGGCAAAAUAUUUAUCAAAGCGGUUUGAUAGCAGCUCGAGAAACUCUAGCCAAGAUUCGAAGAGUGACUACUACGACGCUAGCGAGCAACAGCAUGAGCAUGAGAUGGAUGUCGAUGGGGGUGAUAUGUCGGAUGAAAUUUAUUCCCGCACCAAAGUGAGCCACUCGGAUGAACACAUCGAAGUGGGGGACGAAGAUGGAAUCCCAAUGGGGAAGAAUGGAAUUUCUGCAACGGCGGCAAGUUUUUACGAUAAUCAGAUCUACUCUUCCACGUUUCCGAGUGCCCAGACAAAGCCGAAUAGUGUAGGAAGUGACGUUACGGGAGGAGGCAACAAAACUUCACACGUGCACUCGAUCAGCCUGCAAAAUGUGGAGUUGGAGAGAAGCUCUCGCUCGGUGGGCUAUUCGGCAUACAAAUCACCUUCACCAGUACUCCCCACGGCUUUACCGAAACCGAUCGAAAAACAACUACCCAAAACGACACACAUCUGGCCGGAGGAAAUUGAAGGUUUGCCAACGGCCAUAACAGAAAACCAGCGUAUCGAUAGAUCGCGAGCGUUUCGGAAGAAAUCGGACAGUGAAAACAUUUUUAGUUUUGACAAAGAAAAGAUUGAGUCGCUUACCAGCAGCUUAAACGAUGAGACGCCCACAACUGCGAUCAUGGUAGAGGCAAAGGCAAAAGUGAGUCCAGAUUAUCCUCUCACACCGGAGCUGCUGUCAGAAUUUGACAAGCAAAAGAUUGAAUCACCUCAUAUUCUGCCGAAGAAAACGCGCAAAGAAGAGCUAAUGGCAAAGACUCACUUCGAAGAGUAUACGCCCAAAAUGAUAGGGCUGGAAUCAUCGGUCAUAAGCGGCAUUCCACCGUAUGCGCAUGCAACAGUUGAACGUACAAAGUCAGAUCCCAACUCUCUAGCUAAUCGGCCUCGUUUAGGACCGAAUUCGCGCCGCCAUACGCUGAUGCAUCAGAAAUCCAUCGACCUUACGCCGGCAGACUCAAGCGAAGAAGAAUACCUAUACAAGCAAAUUCCUAGCGCUCCGCCGCUCUGCAAAUCACACGGAAGUCACUUCGAGCUGCCACAAACUUACGAUAUGAACGUGAUCCCAGACGUGGUUGAGUUGCCAAGAAAUGGGUUUGAGAUGCCGAAGAGUUUCUUCAAAGAUUAUCAAGAGCGUCGUUCGUCGCACAAAUCGGUGCUGAAGGAUGAUAUUCCCUAUGUACUGCACAAGCGGCACGUCAUGAAUGGGACCGCCCCGUCACCAUUGGUAGAAGGCAAAGUAACUCCUCAUCGUAGCUAUCCAAAACCAAAAAGUCCCAAAUCUCCAAAGUCUCCAAAGUCCCCAAAAUCUCCCAAGAUGCUGAUGGGCGAGGGCGGAAAAGGGGAAGCAACAUCGUUCUUAGGAUCGAAGGAAAAUUUGCUCCGUGUGAAAGACGAUACAGAGCUACUGAUAGAGCAAAUCGGAGUGGAAGAUCAGCAGGGCUUCUUGUUUACGCAAAAUAUUGACUUAUCGAAGGUUGAUCCGGUAACGUUGGAAGUUGACAAAACGGUUCAAACGGUGCAGCUAGCUAGCAGCCCGAAGCGCGACAUAACGAAGCGCAUGGAUCCGCUCAUGUUGGAGCAACUAAAUAGCAAGCUGAGCCAAAUUGAGAGUGAUUCAGCAACAAGCUCAAAGACGGAUAGCAAUGCCGCACAACAGCACCUGCAGCAGCAGCAGCAAAGAAAGUUCGAGGCGAAACCGGUGGAUCUUCCUUACUUGCUGGUGGAUAAAAAGAACGUCGAGCUGGCCGUACCGAAAAGAGUAGUCAAAACACGGGUCGCUCCCAUUAAGACAAAGUGCGGUAAAUCGAAGCGCAACGCUAAAACACGCAUCACUUCCUUCUCAUCAGACGAUGAAAGCCUCGAUUCGGACGAUGUGUUUGGAUCCGCGGAAGCGAUGCCAACAAAGUUGGAAUUUUCCCCACCUCAAUCGCGCAAAGAGAUUGAACCAAUCCUGAAGCAUGAAUCAAGCAAGAUGGCAUCGAACGCCUGGGCAAGGGGACAAACAAUGAGCUCGACGGAGAUAGAAGGAUCACCUCCGCAGUGCCGUCGUCUAGCGGAACUGGAGAGCCGUUACCAUACGGUAAAACUAGAAACGACCCAGCUCACUAGUACUGAGCUGCGCCGAAUUUCGGAACGAUCUUUCUCCAUUCCAAGCUCGGAGGAUGAGGAUAAAAAGCAGCAAACCAAGACGAUAGAGUCUUCGAAAGUACAUCAUAUGGAGGACAAAACACUAACAGUAGAGUCAUCUCAAGGGAAAGUGCAUUCCACUAACGAUGCAGGCGAAUCUAAGAAUGAUUUGGGGUUUUCAAAACAACAUUCGGAGACUGCAGUGAAGAAGAGCAAGGAGGACGGAACGGUGACCAAAUUGUCACCCUCUCGCACGAAACUAAUUGAAGAGCUGAUCGAUUCUUCAAUUGUCAUGCGUUCGAAGGGUCACGCGCCAAUCUUAUUUGCCCAUGCUCGUCUAAACCUCAGUGAGGGAUCUGCUUUCGCUUCAUUGCAACGCCAGAAGGCGCAGGAAUCGCCAACCUCUGGUCGCCGCGCCAAGAGUCUCGACACCCCGGUAAUUUCGCUUCACAAACUACCUCCGAUGAAUGCGUUCUCAUCGAAGGAUGAUACGGUGGGUUAUGAAGAGGAGGAGGAAGUGCUGGAAGUGAAACCGUUGCAACAGCAGAAACCGUCGACAGCUUCGGUAAUCGAAGAGGAAGAGCAGGAAGACUCGGUUCAUUCCUGUGGCGAUGCAAUCGUUGUCCGUGAUCCGACAAUUUCGCGCCAAACAUCGACGACGGAAGAGGAACGUAAAAGUGUCCGGAUUGAUGCAGAUGAGCUGGAGUUGCUUGACCGUCUCAAGUACAUCGAGAAGAUCGAGCUACAGGGGGUGAAGAUAAAAGAAAAGCGUAAAACAAAAACUAAGCUUAAGAGCGGACAUCAGCUGAUUCUGGAAAUACCGAAGUACAAAUUUGAACCAUUCAGCUCGGGCAACAGCUCCAUCAAAACGUCGCCGGCUAUAAGUCGCGCUAGCAGUGUAGAAAGCACUGGUAAAGCGCGUCAAAAGACGGACAGUGGCACUCAAACACCGACAGGAGGUGGCGUCGCUAUAAAACCACAGCGUAAGUCAACUAGUCCGAAAGGUUCAGAAAAACUUGUCCAACCAAAGAGGCGCUCUUCGGAUGAAGUGAAGAAGUGUACAUCCCCGAACGAUAUGCUACGAACGAAGAGCCAAGAAGCACUGGGCAAGGGAAAAGGUUCGAGUGCGAAAGAGAAAUCAAAAUCGCUAGAAAAGAUGGAGCUCAAACGACUCGGUAGCAGGGAGCGUAAGUCUACCGAAGAAAGCGAACUGGAGCGGGCUCGGCGUAAGGAGCGGCAGCAAAAACUGUACGAAUCGGCUAUGAAACAAACCAUCAACAUGCUCAGCCCGGUAAAGGAUCAAUUGCCUCAGUUUCCUGCACCGGAGGAUAAGAUAUCGGUUAAGACCGAAGGCGAUAAGAUCAUAAUCGACGCGGACAUUAAAUCGAAGCCGGAGGAUCACGUGUUUAUUGCUAAAGCACCGAGAAAGCUCGACUGCGGGCUGGCGAAGAUAAGCCGCAGCUUCGAAGAUCAAAAAAGCGUUGAAAAGCUAGACAAGGCUAGUCGCAGCUUCGAUGAUCGAAGUAAAUCGUUUGACGAUCAUUCGGAUCGGUCCGCGGACGAGAGUAGCAUCGUGAUAAAGAGUCCGACGCGGUUGAGCAGAAGCCAGGAGCUAAAACAGAAGAUCGAAGGAUCGGUCGUACAUAAGGGCCGUAUGGAGGGCAAAUCGAAAAGUUUGGAGAAAAAAUCCGAACCACAGUACUUGGAUAUCGAGUACAAGACGCGCAGCUUGGAUCAGAACUACACCGAGAGCAGUGCAUCCUCGUACGGUGGUGGUGAUGCUACCUCUCCGGACUCCGAAGGUGCUAGUCACGGGAUAAUGAUGGGCAGGAAGCAAGAAAUUGUCAAGGUGGAUGUGCACUAUUCUUCCAAGAUGGAUUCCCCGGAUUCGGAUAACAAUCGUGGCGUUUCUCCCAGUGGACGUGGACGAAAGUCCACUACGGACAGCGACAGCAAAUCGAUCGAAGAUCAUCGUCCGUCGUCGCGUUUCGAUAAGGGCAAGAGCCUUGAUAGUAAUGUUUCUGCAGAAAAGAACAGCAAAAAGGAUAAACCGCAAGCCGUGGAGAGACGUGCACUGUCCCAACCGGUGUCAGAGUUUGGAGAUGAACUCGAUAUGCAGGACAUAAUAUCCGAGAGACGAACACUUGAUUUGAUGAAGCGGCGUUCAGAGGAAAAGGCAGUAGAUUCGAGCACAACAAACACAAUAGUCGAUCCUUCAGACGAGGGCGGAGAUAAGGAAGCAACGGAUAGAAAGAAACGUUCUGGUUUAGGCGGCAGCGAAGAAUCGCUCACGGAAGUAAGCGAAUUAAAGGAUGCAGAUGGGAAAGAGAGCGGGUAUCUCCCACCGCCUGUACGGGUACCCACCAUUGAGUAUGAAGAACCGUCGAUUGAAGAAGAGGAUAUCGUUGAGGAAGUGGAUGAGUUUGAAGUGGAAGAGCUGGAAACUGAAGAGAUUAAAAAUAAGAAGGAAAUAUUGGGAAAACUGAAUCUUGAAAGAAGCAGAAGCGAUGAAACUGGCUCAUGGGUGACGAUCGCAUGCGAAGAGUUUACCGGUACCGAAGGUGUGAGCAGUCAGCAAGAAGAUUUGCCGGAUAAUGUAGCAAUUCACUACAAAAUAGAAUCUCAGGCGACGUUUGAAGAUGUUAGAGACUAUACAAUGCCUGAAUCGGAAGUGAUUGUUGAGUCGGUCGAUGUUCCGGUGCUAUCUCAACCCCAAUCUAAUCGAUCCUCACCAUCGGCGUUCGAUCAUCCGCUGCCACAGGUACCGGACAAGAAACCGGAAGUGGUGUCCCCGCUGCGGGAAAAGGUCGUAAGGUCGUCUGCUGUAGAUCGAGAUCAAGAAGCAGAAAAGAAGCAAGCCUCGCAAAGACGCGGUGAUUUUCUUCGUCUAUCGAUCGAAAGAUCACGCAGCUCGGACACGGGAUCAAGUCGGGAAAACGAAACCAGUCCCAUUAGGCAUGACUCGAGUACGCCACGCGGUAAGGGAUCAUUAGACGAAGAGUCAAGCCUGAGUUGUUCCAUAUCACGUCCGUUGGGUAUUUCGCAAGAUAUGGACACUAUGGAACACAUGAAGUGUCGGGAGCUUCGAGAAGCAAUGCUUAAAAUGGAGGAGUACGAUGAUGGAGUGUCGACGAAGAAGGUAUCCCCAACGCUCGAAAAGCAGUAUCCCGUAGAUUUGGGGUCGGGAUCGGAGUUGGAUAUAGAAACUCCGGAAGAUCGUAUUUCAAGGCUGCUCCAGCGCGAAGAAAGCGAAUCUAGUUCGGACAAUGGAGGGGGUGCUGCUGCACCAGGACCGUUAGGAAGUACUUCAGGUGCGGUAAUGGCCAGCGGAGGAACACUCCCCAAGCCAAGGGUAGUGAAACCCGUCCGCACGACAUUGAUGCACAAGAAAGUGUGUCGCACGGCUCCUCCUAACGAGAAGCAAACACAACAAACCACUGCCGAAUUGAAGUCGGGAACGUUGAAACUACUCAGCGCCGAUGGAGGCGAUCGUAGUUCGUUGGAAUCGAAAUCAAGUCUAGAAUCGAAGGGAUCGUUAGGAUCAUUCGAAACGGAGAGCAGUUCAGGAUCGUUGGGUGCAGCGCAAAGGAAAGGCGAUCUGCUACAGAAAGAACAAGUGUCUACCUGGCGUCCUUAUCCGAUCGAAAGCUCCGGCAGCUCAAGUGUGGAAGAUAAUUGGCUGCCACCGGAACAGGAAAGCUACGAAAGUUUUGAAAUAGCGACGGAGACGAUUGAAAUACAGAAAAUUCCGCUACAGGAUGCAAAAGAACUGUCCCCGGACGAGCAGAAGGAAAGUGACUCCGACAUACAGGACGAGUUGAAUGACUUCCCGGCGACUUUCGGCUAUCCGGAGAUGACCUCCACACUCGGUAUCGCUAUCAAUCCGGUAGAUAUACUUGGGUAUGGAGCGAGCUUCGGAGUGGGCCGAACGUUGUCGCGAAUCUCCGAGCGCAGUACAAACUCGGAAAAAUCCAGCGGCGAAGAAGUGGCGGAGGCGGAAAAAUCGAGCCUGGAAGAUCUGAGCGUACACGAUGAGUCUGCUAUUUCUAGUGAGCAUCAAGCUAGUCUUAGCUCAGAUUUGCAUUCCAACUCGAAUCCGGCGUACAUUUCCGACGCGGACCGCAGAACUUCUGCCGAAAUGCCGGAUAUCCCGUGUGAUUCUGCUGCGGCUGAGCGUCUGUCGGAGAUUUAUCAGAGCAACGUGGUACGAAACGGCCGCUUCACCGUUUCGCAUGUAACGGAGGGUGGAACUGGUGGCGGUUUGAAGAUGGUAGAAAGCAAACCCGAUUUGCAGUGUCUUUCGGCGGGAGGCGGUAGUCAAGAUUCAGAAGAUUGGCCUUUGCCGGAGAUACCGUACGACAGUACACCGGGUGAACGAUUUGAUCCCAGCGUAGGAGGACCUCCAGGUGUGGUGAUGCCACCUCCGAUGAGACCCUACUGGACGGAACAGGCUUUGGCGCGACAGUCACAGGAAUCAGACAAUUGGCCGACGCCACCAUCCAGUAUGCUAGAAAACAUUCCAAUCGUAGAAAAUGUACAAACGUUUCGUGUAAACGAACCACAGCACCCGAUGCAGGUAAUGGUGGAAUCGUUCACAGAACCUACAACUGGUGGAUCUGAUGAUUCUGAUCCGGAUUAUGCCGAGGUGGCUGGAGAUGAGAUUCCCGAGCCGCCGAAAAGGGACUACAUUCCCACGGGCUCCGGAUCCGGUUCAUACUCGGGAUCUUCCUUAUCCGGGAAGUCGGGCUCCUCGCCUAGUCCUUCACUGUCGAUGGUGGUUCCUUAUGAAAGUACCGCUUAUCUGGUAUCUGCGAUGCAAGACUCAAAGACGUACGAGGCAGCAGUUUCAUACGACAAUGCAACCUGUUUGAGUGGUGCCCUGAGCUCGACCAGUUGUCUCAAGUCAACGUUUGAUAUGUGCUCGAGCCAACGGACUAUGGGAUCCGCGACGACAGGUAUUGUGGGAAAAGAUUCGAAUCCAGACCGUGUAAUCAUAUCACAGCCAACGAAGUCUCCGCAGAACUUGAGCCCCAUCACGGAUGAUGAUUUCUUCAUGAACGAUGAAGUGUUUGGGCCGGGAACGGUGAAGAUUGAGAUCUCGCCGGAUGACAGUAAACCAUCAUCGUCCGGCGGUAUGGAAUACGGCGGACAGCAGUCAAAGUUUUCGCGAAGCUCUAACAAUUCUGACACGUCUAUCGACGACAUGCUCUCGACGUCCUGCGGCACGUACAUGGAGGAAACGGUACGGUUGCGCAAUCUGGAACCGCGUCGGUUAAGCAACGAAUCUUGCAAAAAGUGCAGCCACAGUUCGCAUUCCGAGGAGGAAACCAGCUCGUUCGGUACCGACUUGGAUGGGACGGUAAAGAUGGGGCUACAGCAAAAGCGCUGCACACACAGUUCGCACUCGGAGGACACCUCGAUUGGUCUUAGCAUUUCAGAAUGGUCCACCGGUACUAACACCGUACGGCAGUACGCGAAUCUAUCCGGUUCGGACAGCUUAUCGGCCGUGUCGAACCAUUCCGGCAAUGCCAAGAGCGAAAAAUCGAACCAUACCAAGAGCUCAAUCAGCUCGAGCGUCCACAAAUCGACCGAGAGUCUUGACGAAAAGACAAGCGGUAGCUUUUCCAGCAGCAACACCAACCAGGCUAACAAUACCGGUGGCAAGCGCUUUUCGCUAGAGAAUGUGUCCGAGAAUGGAGGAUGCCCGCGGUACGAACCGUUCAGUAACUCCGAAACGGAUACCAAGUUCUCGUCCGGAACCAAGAGCGAUGACACUACGCUGACGCUCACCGAGAUGGCGCAAACCAUCACGGAAUGGUCGACGAGCAGUAGCAACACGCUAAUCGCGCAGGUCGAGGCGUUGAAGCAGCUGGAAAGUGGAGCUGGUGCUGGUAGUGCGAAAGGUGCCUCCUCCGGCGAACGGUCAACUGCUACACCGACGCGUACGUUCGAGUACGUGCCGUUGAAACCACCAAAGGUGCUGAAGAAGGUCGCAUCUCCGGACGAUCACGGACGAAAGGAUCUGCCUGGGGUGCAUGUGAAGCCUCAGGUAACGAAACACUUGCCAGUGGAGUCUGGCGCGAGCGCGAAACUGGCGAAUGAACCGAACGUAAUUCCCGAUCGCCCCACAAGACUGCCGCCCAAGAUUGUGGACGUGAUCGAGAAGAGUCCUAAGCGAAUGCCCGUAACACAGCAACCUCUUCCACAAAGCAAAAACCUCGUAUCUACGCGUGUUGAAGCGGCAGACGGUGCCAGCAAACGAAAGUCGCUUGAAAUGAUGUCCAAGCGAUACCAGAGUCAAGAUAUAUCCGACACGGAAACGUUUACAGAGAAACUAUACGGACAGAACGAGAAGCUCACGGAACGGUAUCAAAGUCAGGAGUUUACUCCGAUAGCUGCAACGUCGGCACCGAGCAAGCCACCACGCGGUGACUCGUUGCCUUCCUCCAGUCCAACGCCGAUGGCAGAGAAACCGCUGGUGAAGCACCAUAGCUACGAUGACAAAACACUGUCAAAGUCGCAGAUUCGUGAGUACAAAACGACAAAGAUGCGUCACAGCCAGUCCUUCCAUGAGCAUCUGGUGUCGUCAGACCUGAACAAGAUAGUGGAAGAAAGUCUCGGAAGUUCUUCCACCACAACGCACACCAGCGAAGCGACCAGUACCGAUAACUCAUCGCCGAUGUUUCCACGCCCGGAAAAGUUGGUACGGUGCUCGCCCUACUACUCAAGCAGCCUCAGUUCGGAAUCGCCUCCAAUUGCACCGAACCAGUUGCCGCCGCCAGUACAGAAACCUCCGCGUAAGAGCUCUCUACCGCGAAACUUCAUGCCGAAAAGCCCGCCCAGCGGUAACGAUACGGACAGUUCACUCGAUCACCGAGCGCAGGAUCCGAAGUUACGAUCGCGGGGUUAUCGUAAGAAACGAACGGUGCCGCUGAAGAAGAGCCGUCUCGAUCGUCCGCUAGAGCACCAGGAAAGUUCUGAGUGUUCGGAAGGAUAUUUCCCGGAAAUGGAAUCCGGCUCAUCGGAUGCGGUAAUGAUGGAACACCAGCACCAACGCUAUCCGGACUUUGAAGAAGAGUUGGAACAAUUGCCGGAAGACUAUGAAGACGAAACGUACCGGGCAGAUGAGGACGACGUGACACCCAGUCGCAAUGGGGCCGGGGUAUAUCCGAGCGCAUCGUAUUCGAACAAAUUUGAGGGUCUUGAUAUGACGGAGAACGUGGAUGAGAUGGGCUUCCCGCGCUAUGACCGGUUGGGACAUAUAACGAAUCCGAACCUUUACAAAUCGGACACACCAUCGCCACCGGUUAAACCGGCACGGCAGCGCCGACUGCGCCAGACGAAGCGCGACGAUCAGCACGACCUGGAGUACCAGGGUGUACAGUAUACGCCAGAAAGUGGGAGCUGUUCGGAAACGAAAGCCGGCCUCUCGGACGAUGUUUGCUACUCGAGCGAGGACAGUUUCGCUGCGGGCUAUAAUCGCAGUAGCGGUGCUGGACCGGGCACUAGCUCACGGUAUCAGAAGAACGUUGAAAUCCCCUACCCGGAUUUCCUGUCCGAUUACGAAAAUGAAUCUUCGUCCGCUUGUUCGUAUGCUAGACGCAUGGAACAGGGUCGGCAUCGGUAUGUGGAACUAGAAUCGCAGCACCAGCAACUGCAACAGCAGCAUCUUGAAUACGACGAGUCGGAAAAGCCCAUCGAUGUGUCGGUUGCGUUCGAUUUGAAAGCCUUACCGCCCCCAAUUUACGUGGAAGAGGAGGAAGUCGACCCAGAAGGUGAUGAUCUUCACGAGCCUGAAGAUGACGAAGAAGAGCAAGAUAAUGCUGUCUAA